UCUGAAUUGUCUUGAGGGAGUCCUGGUGUGGGGAGCAGGGUGUACAGCUGUGCCCCAGCUGGGUGUAGAGCUCAAUGUUGGAGCUCAGAGCAGAGAGAAGGGGAGCAAGGGCUGUGCAUCAUCCUCCUGUGCCAGGCAGGCACUCCCUGAGCUGGGGGCCACUUCAGAGCAGCCCCCUCACAGGCCAGUGUGGUGGAGCUUUGUUCAAAAGAAAUCUCUGUUUGUCUUGUGUGUGUAACAUUCUUGUUUCCAUGCAGGCUUCAUGUGUGUGAAGAUGGCCACAAGUCCUGGCAUCACCUUGCAGUGUCUGUAGCUGCCCUCCAGCCAGAGCUGACAUCUUUGUACCACCCUGGCAGAGUGAGUGCUCCUGGCACUCUGCCACAAGAUUUUUCCAGAAAACCAAAAUGCCGAAAGCUAUUUGAUAGCAAUUAUCUUAAAUGCUCAGUAAAAGCCCUGAAUUUGCCAAGUCAAUGAUUGUCAUCUGGGCCCUGUAACAAAAAGUGCAUCUUCCUCAGGACAUGCAGUCUUGGCACUGACCUUUAGUACUGUGUUUGUAACUAAAGCUGUGCCUUAAUGGAAAAUGUGAUUUCAAGUUGAGAAAGAGUUGAUACCUUGGUACCUUCAGUCCUCAGCAGUGUGUCAGCAGGCAAAACCACGUAGCCUGCUCACCACCCCUCCUCCAGCUGAAGCAGCAUUAGCCUUAUCUUGUAGGUAGGUUUCUGUGAUGUUUCUUCUUCCUGCUCACACUUCCUUUGCUGCAAUAGAGAAGUAGUUUCCAUCUCGAGAGGAAAAUGAGAGAGAAGAGCAGGGUGUGCUUCUAAGUGAUUUUGGGUGAAAUAUCUGCUUCCCUAACCUAGCUGAGAGAUGAUGGUGAAGCCUGCCCUCAUUAGUGCUGCUGAGGGUGGGAGCUGACACUUCAGGAUCUGUCUGCUUUGAGGUGUUACUACUGGAUUCAUUGCUGUGCGAGUCUGACUUCUCAUGUGGUUUAAAAGGAGUCAGAAUGCAGCAACAAUACUCCCAAUUCCUUAUGGCACUCAGUGUAACUGAGGAAGCUGCUUCCUAUUUCCACUUGUAGGUUGGGGAGUGAUGUGAGUUAAGCCCCUGUGACUUACAGCACUAGUUUAUUUCCAGGUGACAGUGUAACAGAGGCUGGGUUGGUGAUUUUAAGGAAGGAAUAAUAUUGUUAUUUAAGCUAUUAUCUUUCAAAAGUCUUUGGUGCUGAGAGUGAACUCGGUUGCUGCUGCACAGGCUUGUGUAGCAUCCUUUGUUAAAUAGGUGUGGCACUGUCAUGUUGCUCUGCCUGAUUUUGGGGCUGUUUAUGUAGUGUGUUAUGGCAGCUUUUGCUUUGCUCCACCAGGUCUUGCUCUGCAGGUGCCUGCAGUGUCCUGCAGCUUUCCCCAUGCAGCCAGAGGACAGGGAUGUCCCCCCAGAGCCAUCAGGGAGCAAGGAGCCAGCUGCAGCACCAGGGAUGUCCCCCCAGAGCCAUCAGAGAGCAGGAGCCAGCUGCAGCACUGGCUGACUUAGAAGAUCUACUUUGACAUUAUCUUUGAAUUAUUUGGUCAGCCCAGAAAAGAGAAAAUACACUUGCUGUCUGUGACAUUCCUGAAGGGCUGCUUGUCUUUUUGGGAACUGGCAAGCCUGGCUUCUGUGGGAAAACAAGAAGAAUUGAACUGAAUUUUCAGAAAGCUGAUCUGUGUUGGAAAAGAGAGAAAGCUGCUCACAGAGCACACCUGCCACCACCUGCCAGAAGGCCCUGGAAGAGAAGCCAUGAAGUGGGGAUCACCUUUGAUCACUACAAAAGUACCAAGCUCCCAGCUUCAGGUGGAUACUGCUCUGUUGUCCUCCACUGCCUGCUGUGAAGAGUGGCUUUGACACGCCCUUCCCUCUGCUGUGAGCUGUAUUCCUGGAAUCUGGAGUGCCCUGGUAGGACUACAAUGUGAUAAGGGUCUUUUGGGAAAGAAUAAAAGGGAAAAAAAGAGUGGGGGUAGAGGGGCUACCAGGGAGGGAAGUGUUAAUAAAACUCAGAAUGAAGAUCCAUGAGGUGGAAUAGGUCUGGAGGAACCUGGAGAACAUGUGCUUUCUUUGUCUAGGUGUAAUCAAGGCUUACUCAACCAAAGUCGUUUGUUUUGAGCCAAGAGGGAAACCACAUCUGUCCUGAAAAUAAGCAGUAGAGUUCCUCAGAACUCUGUCCUUCCCACUAGCACUCACCUGGCAUUUGCAGACUCCGUUUGGCAGCUUCCUCAGACAAAGCCACUGGCUCUAGGAUUCUUCCUGAUGCUCAGCAAGUGUCCCAGACACAACAUGAAAAAAUAAAGGACAGCAAAAAAUAAAGGUACAGCCCAGUGCUGCACAGGUGUGGUGAGGCUCCUCUGCCCAGCUGGAAAUCACUGAAUGCUGUGCAAUGCCCAGCUCCUUGGAGGCAUCAGUGCUCCUUUGAUUCAAUGCAUUUAAGAGGCUUUCUGUUGCUGCAUAAAUUGCUUUCUCAUGUCUUUGAAGUGACCUGUUUGAAUUAAACAUCACAGAGUGCUUUUUAUAUAGCUGUGCCAACAACACAGGGCAACUGGCAUAUCAAAAAUGAGAUAAAGUGCUCUGGAUGUCACCAGAGUCAGGGCAGUAUUAAGUUCCUUGUACAGCCUGUGCUGUCAUUUGUAUUUGCUUACAGCAAGCUCCCUUCUGCACUCCUGGUAGCAGUUUUUACAUAACAUGUAAAAUCUGCAAAAGGAGGAAAGGUCAGCAAUGCCCAUGGGUGCACGCUGGAAAGUGUGACUGCUGGAGGGACCUGCUCAUCCCUGCACACCGAGUCCCUCUGUGCUUCUUGUGGGGCACCACAGCACCACGAGAGGGAGCGUGGAAGCAGCGAGUGGCUUGUCCUGGGAUGGUCCCGCUCAGAGCAGGGCGGUGCUCCGCUCUGGCAGCCAAACACAGGCUGAAAACAGAACAGAAAUGGAAAUAAAUUCAGGUUUCAGGGCUUCGGGACUCCAAAGAAUGUAUUGCACCUAAGGUUAAUUUCUCUCAGGUGUCUGGAAUUGCAGCUGUGCUUGGAGUUUUUAGUGUGUAAUCGAGGUUAUUUGGGAUUUCCUACUCUGUUAUUGCAGGUAGGCAGAAAGAGCCACUUAGCUGCUGAAGCUGAAAUAAAAAUAUAAUCACGAGAAUAAGAUUUGCCUUAAUUCUAUGAUUCUUUGAGCAUGACACUAUGCACUGAUUUUGCCUUGGGUGGGACUGGGGCAAAAUGCUGCUGCAUAAUGUCACCUUCUGGUAUCAAAAGGCUGCUCAGGGAUGUCUUAUCCUGCAGUUUGAAGGUGAUGGAUGAACCCCACCUAAACACAAAAUAAAAAAUGCAAUUAUUUCCAUUUUCACAGUGAUUGCUUAUGAAUAAUGAGUUUCAACACUCUGAUGUCAGAUUAUUUAGCUGAUGGUUGGUAAGCAAAAUUUGAUGAAAAUGUAAAUGUAUCAUUGUUUAUUAUAUUCAAUAAAUAGAACAGUUUUGAGGCAGAAGUUUUUACAAGGGCAGGAUAUGGCAAGUCAGGUCUAACUAUUGAGAUAUGUCCAAGAUGUAAUGUGGAGAAAAUGCAAAACAAUGAUCACUGUUAAAGGUUUGAAGGAAGGACCAUGUACCUGGACUGUCCCCUACAGGUGUGUCUAAAUCAGCUCUGGUUUUUCCAGCCUGCUCCAGUGUUUUUUCUGCCUCACAAUUUAAGGGUCUUUCCUAGGAGCUAACUCAGAUCUUCCCUGCAAUUUCUAGCAAACUCUUAAUUUUCUCUUUAGCUUGGGAACACAGCUGAUCCGUUCUGGAAUGGCUCUGCAUCAGUCAGUUUUUAGGCAGUCAGCUCGUUUGCUGCAGCCUCUGCUCCACAUCUGUGAGUGCAGCCUUCUCCAUCCAGCUGAGAGGGAAUUAUGUGUGCAAGAGGAGUCAGGGCUGCCUUCCCAGCUCCUGGCUCACACUGCUAGCACUGCUGUGCCUGCUGCACACCCAGCUGCGUGCCCGAGGAUGCUGCACCUGAAAGUCCAGUUCCUGGAUGACUCCCAGAAGAUCUUUGUAGUUGAUCAAAAAUCCUGUGGGAAAGGGCUCUUCAACCUCACCUGCAGCCACCUCAACCUCGUGGAGAAGGAGUACUUUGGGCUGGAGUUUCUCAGCCAGGCUGGGAACCAGGUCUGGUUGGAACCACUAAAACCCAUUACAAAACAAGUGAAAAUGGACCCCGGCCACCUGAGAGAAGAACUGACCAGGUACCUCUUCACCCUCCAGAUCAAGAAGGACCUGGCUCAGGGGCGGCUGCCCUGCAGCGACAAGAGCGCGGCGCUGCUGGUCUCCCACCUGCUGCAGUCCGAGCUGGGCGACUUCCACGAGGAGACAGACCAGCAGCACCUGGCCACGCACAGGUACCUGCCCAACCAGGAGUACCUGGACAACAAGAUCAUGCACUACCACCGGAGACACAGAGGGAAGACACCCGCGGAGUCAGAUGUUCAGCUGCUGGACGUGGCCAGGAAGCUGGAGAUGUACGGGAUCCGCCUGCACCCCGCCAGCGACGGCGAGGGGACACAGAUCAACCUGGCCGUGACACACAUGGGGGUGCUGGUGCUGAGGGGCAAUACAAAGAUCAACACCUUCAACUGGUCCAAAAUUCGCAAACUGAGUUUCAAGAGGAAGCAUUUUCUCAUCAAGCUCCAUGCAAACAUCUCUGAGCUGUGCAAGGACACGCUGGAGUUCACCAUGGCCAGCCGGGACACCUGCAAGGCCUUCUGGAAGACGUGUGUGGAGUACCACGCCUUCUUCAGGCUCUCUGAGGAGCCCAAGUCAAAGCCCAAAGCCCUUCUGUGCAGCAAAGGCUCCAGCUUCCGCUACAGUGGCAGGACUCAGCGGCAGCUGCUGGAGCACGGGAGGAAGGCUAAGAUGAAGAGCCUGCCCUUCGAGAGGAAACACUACACGUCCCGCUACGACGAGAGGCAGUGCCGCUCCUCCCCGGACCUCCUGACGGAUGUGUCAAAGCAGGUGGAGGAGCUGCGCCUGGCCUACGGCAGCCGGGGCUCCUACCACGCCAACGGCGUGCACGGCUCCGAGCCCACCCUGGACAGCCGGCGCCGCAGCUCCACCAUGGAGGUGACGUUUGCCGCUGAGCUGGAGCGCUCCAAGCCCGAGGCAUCCCCCACCUUCCUGCCCCACUCCAAAAGCUCAUCUGCCUUCCCCCUGCUCUACGCCCAGCUGGAGAUGGAGCGGGCGUGGGAGCCCAUGGACCUCUUCGGAGCCAGGAAUCCCUUGACGUCCUUUCGGCCCCACCACCAGUUUGCUGGGAACAGUAAAAGCACCUCUGUGGGCAACAUGCGGGAAGUGAGCGCCCGGCAGCUGGUGUACACAGAUGUGCCCUGUCCCCUGCCCGUGCUGGCCCCGGCCCCCCCUGUGCUCUUCUAUGUGGACAGGGCGCUGCAGCCCCCGUGCCCUGCACUGGCCCCUGGCGAGGACACAGCAGGAGCAGCUGGCACAAGCAGCCCCGUGGCAGCAAAACCCCCCCGGCAGAGCCCGAGCGGGACCCAGGCUGGGCAGCUCCAUGGUGAGGCCAUGGGCACGAGCAUGGCGGGGGAGAGCAGGUCACUGGCUCGCUCCUUCCAUUACGGCCUUCAGGAGCAGCCUCCCAAGCGGUCCUGGAGCCAGUCGGACAUGAAAACCAUCCGCUUCCCCUACGGCUCCGAGUUCAGGCCCCUGGGGCCGUGCCCGGCUCUCAGCAGCCGGAAAGGGGGUGUUUUUUGGCACGUCCCAGCCCAGCAAGGGCUGGCUCCGGGGCCGCGGCGCUCCAGCGAGCGCUACCUGGGCAGCAGCACCGAGUCCAGCGACUCCGACCCGGAGCUGCUGGCCGCCGACUACUGCUCGCUGUACGGCCGCGUGCUGCGCUCGCCCAUGGCCCGCGUGCGGCUCUCCUCGGGCAGCCUCCAGCUGGACGAGGAGGAUGAGGAGGUGUCCUUUGCCACCAGCGCUGCUGAAGAGAGGGUUUCCAGAGGGGCCUCCAAGUAUUUCACCUAGGUGCCUGACACCGGCCAGAGGGAGCAGAGGUGGCCGGCGCUGACCCAGGGUCAGAGAAUGGUGACACUCUUCGUUUGCAGGUCUGCUUACAGCUUAUGAAACAUUGAUGGGAUCGUGUUGUGUGAGUGCUCUUAGCUAUAGAGGAUGUGUUCAUGGGCAUCAGGGCUGUGUUCGGAAGGAUUCAACCCCUGCACCACACUUGGAAGCUGGUUUGCCUCUGCCACCACACUUUGAGGGGGGGUCUUACUUCAGCCAGAGGCCAGGGAUCUCCUAAAGCCCUGCUAAGCCCCUGUGUCCUGCCCAAGCUGAUGCUUGGAGCUCAGCUGCUGGAGUCUUCAUUGAGGGGGAGGGAGAAAAGAAAGAGACUUCUCAGAGAAUAGUUUCAGCUGCUGCUUUUCCCAGCUGCAGGGAGACACACUGGAGGGAAGGGUGUUUCAGGCCCUUUUGGAAAGGAGCAAGAUCUUCAUGGGGGGCUGCUCCUUGAGCUGAUGCCAUGUGGACAGGACAAAACCCCAGCAGCGAGCCCAUCUCCUCCACUUGUCUCACCUCCCUCCGGUGCUGCAGGGAGAGCCUGGCACUCAAACACAAGGCUCUCUGUGUGGCUGUCUUCUCCCUGGCCAGUUUAGAGGAUUAUCCUUCUCCAGAAAUAUCUCAGUAGUGCUUGUCAAGCUUUUAGAAGCCCCCCAUGGUGAGCACUGGGAAGUGGGUUCAUACUCUCUAACUGUGCUUUGCUUAGGCACAUCAGCCAUCACCUCCUGGCAGCACCACGACAGCCCCAGCACUUCAGUGCUCUGCUUAAGUCUGAGAGAGAUGUGUAAGGAGGUUCUUUGGGGUCCCUUGCUUCCCCAAAUCUGUCCUCAGUUAAGCAGCAUGGGAAAAAAGAUACCAGGAGCAGGUAGGAAAGGAACAAGCAGCUUCUUGGAAGUAUUUUUAUUAAAAAACUUACUAUUACCCUAAACCUACAUUAAAUCUACUUGGAUAUCUUGAGAAUGAUGACAUCUCCAUAAAGUUUUAGGGGGGGGAUAUUGAUAAUUUUCUUUAAGAACAACCCUGUAAGUCUUUGUAGGACAUGACUGUAAGCAGGGAGACAGCCCAGAAAAAUCCACAGCAGAGAAACCACUGCAGCCUGCUAGGAGGAUUUCAGAAACAUGGAAGCUGGGACCAAAAAAAAAUAGAUUAAAAUGUAGAAAAAAAACCUGGGCUUAUGGGUCCUGCUCACUCUGCAUGUUGCUGUCCUUUGUUUUAGAAGGUGGACAAUAAAAUACAGUUGUUCAUA